GCCUGAUGGCUCUGGUUAACUGCCCGGGCAUCCAGUGCAUAUGUCUGCAACGAUGGGUCUGAAGAAGAAAGCUCUGCGCUGGUUGCCUCGUUCCUCUACUACAGGCUCUGGCCUGGAGGAAGACGAAGACAGCAACGAGAGGAGCGGGCUCCUGAGGAGCCACCGGGAUCAGAACCGCGUCGUGCCGGUCAUGGACGUCGAUGAGCAGCAACCCAAGGCGUCGCCGGCAGCGGAGCCCAAGACCGUGGCCCUGAAGGUGUCGAUGCACUGCCAUGGCUGCGCGAGGAAGGUCAAGAAGCAGAUCUCCAAGCUGGAAGGAGUUGUGUCCGUCAAGAUAGAGCUGGGGAUCAAGACGGUGACGGUGGUCGGGAACGUGACCCCCGUGGAAGUCCUGGAGGCCGUCUCCAAGGUGAUCAAGUACGCGCACAUCCUGGAUCUGGCGGCGCCCUAGCUUAGCAUCAAUGCAGUGUCUGUGCUGAACUGGUGAUUGCGCUUGUAAAAAUGAUGAGCACCAAUUCUCUUUCUGCCGAGUCGAUCUGAAUCUUGAAAAGAGAGGUCAUAAUUUGUCAUUUGAGGAGCCAAUCUGAAAAUUAUUCCUUCUUGCCGCAUUUAAUCAUCU